AUGUGGCCGCCCUGUCACCAGCAACAGCAGCAGCAACAUGGCGCCCAGGUGACUCAACAGACAGCACAGCUGGUACCGCAGCAGCUGCGGCAGCCGCAGCAGCAACAGCAGCAGGACUGCAGCUUUGAAUCACAGCCAGCCUCCCCCCGGGUGUCGCGGUCGCCGCUCAAGCGCCGCAGCACGGGGCUCCCCUGCCGUGGGGGCGCCUCAUUGUCCCGCAACUAUGUGGGGAAGAGCCAGAGCUUUGAUUCCAUACAGGACCUCACUCGCAACCCCUGGGGCGGCGAGUCCGCGCUCACGCUAGCCAAGCGGCGCGCGCUGCCGUUGCCUGUGCCCGGCACCGAAGCCUGCUGCGAGCCCGGAUGCAGCGGCAGCGGGCGCAUGGCACUGUCGACAUGCGAGCCCGGGCCGUUGAGUUGGAGCAUCGACGAGGAGGACGAGUGUCUGCUGGGCGGUAUCACCUGCCGCGCGCGGUUGUCUGCAGGCAGUGGCAGCGACAGCAGUGGCGCUGGGGCCAGCAGCGGCGGCGCGCUUGCGGUGGCAUGCCGCCGUGACGACGCCAGCGCAGGCUCGGAGACGGUCGUGGAUGCUGCCACGGCGGUCCUCACGGCGGCCGCAGCUGCGGCGGCGCCGCCUUGGGCCGUGCCGCGCGCGCACGUGCCGGUGGUGCUUGAGCGGCGGUCCUGGGACGCGGCGCCUUGCAGGGGCGGGAGCAUUGACCAUGCCGGCAUGCGCAUUGGCAUGGCCGGUGCGGCCCGCUUAUCUGUGUCUCGCGGAUCGAGCGGCGGCAGCCAGCUCGCUCCCGCAUGCAUGCAGCUCCCGCCGCUAAUGCAAGCCAACACCCGAGGCGGCGGCGGCGCAGCUGCAUACCGGGCGCGUCCGGGCAGCAGCUGCAGCGGCAGCGACAGCGGCGCGAGCAGCCGCGGUGGCGGCCCAGCAGACGACCUGGUGGAGGCUUUGCGGGGGGCGCGGCUGUCGCCCUGCAUAGGCGGUGGCGUCUGGCUGGCCGCACCCCUCAUGGAGAGCGGGUGA